UGCAGUCAACUCACAAUGCAACAUGCCAUGCAAGAUGAUUUUUGUAAGACUGGAAACCACUCCCAACAGACUCAAGCUUGGGAGUGGUUUCAAGACUUUGGGUUCAGAAUGUCAGCUCAAGUUUCAGAUCAUAGUAGUGUUUCAGAAGUGGAAAUUUGCAACUAUGCCUACGAAGGAAGGCUCCAGCUGCUGAUAGCAGUUUUGGACAAAAACCCUGCACUCCUGGGUAAGAGGGACUCUAAUGAAAGAACUGCUCUUCACUGGGCAUGCUCAUCUGGGCAUGCUGAGAUUGUUUCUUACCUACUGGACAAAGGUGCAAAGGUUAAUGUCGAAGAUGAUUCCAAGCGGACCCCACUUCUCAUAGCCUCGUCGGCCGGACACCUGGGGUGUGUAAAAAAACUGCUUGGGGCUAAGGCUGAUGUGAGUGCCACUACAGACACAGGACAAUCGGCCCUUCAUUACGCAGCCUCAAAGAACCGACCAGAAAUCGCUGAAUUACUCAUUGACAGCAAUAUUUCUGUGGGUCACCAAGAUAAGUAUGGCUGGACAGCACUGCAUCGUGCCGUUGCAAAAGGAAACUUGAAGAUUGUGAAGCUCCUGCUUGCUGCUAAAGCAAAUCCUAAUUCCCAGGAUGCUGAAGGGAACACCUGUUUACAUGUUGCCGCUGAGGAAGGUCAUCUGGAGAUUUUUGGGCUUCUGAAGGAAAGUGGUGGCCAUCCUGAUGUUGUUAACAAAAAAGGAAAGACUUGCGCUGAUGUUGCCUGAGCAUGAUAAACAUUAUAAUUAAUCAACUAUUAUAUGUACAAUGUACUGAACAAUCUCUGAGCUUAUGAUUACUAUUACGCGUACGGUGUUCAGUCUACUUCAAUCAGAUGACAAUUAAAUUAUGGUAAAAUUAUACAAUUCAUGAAUUAUGACAAGCCAAACUUGUUAUCAAUAAUUUAUUUUAAAAG